CUGGGGAGAGGGGGGGACAGGCAGUGUUUAUCCGUGCAAUGGCCAGCGGGUACCUAUCGCAACGGCAGCAUCGACCAGCGGCUCAGCCGACGCCGAGGGGAUCGAGCAAAAAUCUAUGCCAGAUGGCUUUGGGUGAGGGGGCUCCUCCGGACGCUGAGUGAGGGAGGAGGCUCACGGAGAGGAGUGUCAGUGAAAGAAGCGGGGGGGGGGAGAAGAGAACGCGAACAGAAGUCAGAGGAAAAGCUGACCUGCGUUCCCCCUGCUGUGAUCACGGGGAGGGUGGGGGCCCACUUGCUCCCCCCCUCAACCAUUGUGCCUCCCAAGGAAGAAGGACUAGUCUGUGCUCGCCGCUCUCGCUGCGGCGCUGGCUGCUUUUUGAUGGGAAGAGCUCUUUUCAUGCUGUUUUUGAAAUAAUUAAUUCAUUUUUAAAACACAUUAUCACUGCCUCUUUUUUUUUUUUUUCCUUCACCUUUCUUUCCAAGUGCUCUGAGGACCUGCGUUCUUCAGUGUGAUCGCUGUCCUCCCCCCCCCCCCGGAUGUCGCUGUGUUGGUAUUGAGGCUUUGAGGCUUUGUUUUCUGGGGAGAUUCCUGGAUGUUGUGGCUCUGUGGAGCAGGGUUAGAGGAGGGGUGGUGCGUGUGGCGGGUGGCGGUGGAGGGGGGGUGUGGGUGGCGAUGGAAGGCUGGAGACAGUGUCACCUGCUAAAGCUUGUUUUCCACCUCAGGCUGAGGCAUGAGGGAGAUGAGCUUUUCAUUGUUGCAGACUGACACCUGCUCCGGUGCCAGUGCGAGCAAAUUGCAUACACAUUAAUCCUAUUUUUCAAAUCUUGUCAAACUGGAAGGAUUAUUCGCUUGAAAUUGGUCAGAUCUAUUCAGAGAAAGCACUUCUCCAUUUUUCCGUUGUCCAUGUGAGCCGGGAGACGACCGAGAGACAUCGCGGGCAACUCCUUGUUGUUUAUCGGCGGUCUUCUUGUGGAGUGACACUGUUGUCAUGCUGUUGUGAAACACACCCGGUAACCAGCAGGUCUCGCAAGCAGCCUUGUGCUCCGUGAAAAGAUUCCCUCUGUUCCCUCAACGUAAAACACAGGACCGGGACCAGUCCAGCAAUGAAGAAGAUCUGGUCAAAGAAAAGAUUCCAGAAAACUGGACACUCGAGCCGAACAUUUGGGAGGUUUACCCAUGUUUUCCGCUCCUGCAGGAAGCAAAGUUAUGACUCAGAGACCACAGAAGAUGAGGCAGCAGAGCCCCAGAUACCUAUGGAAACCAAAGACAGCCUGGGGGUCCUUCAGGAGCCGGCAGCACAAAGAGUGCCUACAGGAGAUGGUGACAGGAUGACAGACAUCACACCAGACACAAGUGGCCGCAGGGGCUCCCUGACAGACAGCUGGAUGGCCAGUCAGAACACAGUCGUAGAGAAGGAGGUGUUUGCCUUGGGUUCGAGAGCCCCGGGGCUGCAGGAUCUCUCCAAGCCUGCCAGGGGCCAGUCAGAAGAAGUUUUGAGGGAAGCUCCCUCCCAAGCUCUCCCACCCCACUCUCCCAAAAUUAGUCACCGUACCUCCACCUCUCCCUUGCCCAGCCGUUCUGGGUCAGCCCCUGCCACACCCCUCACACCCCGCAAGAAAGUGGUUGUCCCAACUGAAUAUCAAGACACAGUUCCAGGAGAAUUUGAGGAGAAGAUCAAGCAGCCAAAAUCCUCAGCAAUGUCUCAGAGUAGCAAUCCUGACUCCCGUCCUCAGACCCCAGUAAGUGAGUAUUCCCGGAAGGACUUAACACCCCGGCCAUCACCUAAACUUACUCGAGCUAGCUCCAAAAUCUUUGAGAAGGUGCGAGAGUUUGAGGAGCGCAGGAGGAGCAUCGACCAGCCUGAGGGAUCUAUUUCUGGACGUUCGUGGGCUGGAUUUCAUAGGACCCCAUCAAUUGACUCAGAUGAUGGGGGAAGUCGGUUGGGGAUCUCAAGAGAGAGCUCUAGGGAGGACCUACGUGAAGCACUGAAAGCUGAUGCUGCCCAGAGAAGGUCAAUGUUCAAGCAGAGGGCUGCUUCUCUAGAGGACAGACCCCGUUACACUCAAAAGGUCCAGGACAUCGAGACCAAGUUCACAGAGGAGCUGCAGCGGAUCAAGAGGUUAGUAGGAAAGCCUCAUUUGAAGAAGUCUUUUUCUACAGAGCAGCUUCCCCACAGAAGCAGACAGCCCCUGAGAAAACUGGAGCCAAUCCCUCCUCAAGUGAUCAAGAAAUUGCAAGACAGGGAGCGCAUCCAACAGCAAGAGGAAAAGAAAGAACAAGAACAAAGGAAAGAGCAAUCCCUACCAAAAUCGCCACAAUCAAAAAAUAGACAACAAACUCAGCAGUUAAAAAAAGAACAACUAGAACAAACAGAUCUUCCAAAGGUAGACAGCAAAAAAUCCUCUGUGAAUAGCGUAACAAUCAGCAGAACGGGACACGAAGCUGUUACCUUAGAAGUUGUUUCUCUCAAAGAGUUACCUGGGCAGCCUUCACCAGGGCAAACACCUAAGGAGAUUCAGAACUCCAAAACUGAAACUACAGUCAUAACUGAAGAUAAACUGCCUUUUCCUCGUGAAGUAAAGGAGCAAGUUCACUCAAGGAGGAUUGAGUUAUCCUUGCGUAAGGUGGAACGAAGGCCUGUUAGUCCUCUUGUUCAGAUAGAGCACAGCCGUGCCACUGAAAUCCCUCGUAUUCAAGAACAAGUGCAUGUUUCAUCAAAGGAAGAGCCUCAGCCUCGAAGGGUCGAACUGUCAGUACGUAGAAUAGAACAGAGACCUGCAAGUCCGCUUGUGCAGAAGGAGCUUCCCUAUGUCCCAGAGCCCCUCUCCCAUGCGCCGCUGAAGCCCUCAGGACUCCUAGGGUCCUCUUCGCCUACUUCUAUCUCAUUGUCAGAGGAACAGAAAAUGGAGGAGAAAGUGACCACUUUAUCUCCUUCUCCCAAGCUUGCUAUUCCCUCAAUUAUUGUAGAAGAAGAACCUAUGGAAGUGGAAGCUGCUAAACCAAGUGACAAGCCAAAGCGAGCCAGCGCUGCAAAAGAUGGAAAGCCCCAGAGGACUAGAGGGAAAGUCCUUCGUUCUCGACCGCUUUCACCUGAAGAAGACUCUUCAGACGACUCCUACGUGUCUGCAGGAGAGGACCCCCAAGAGGCUCCCAUGUUUGAGUAUCCGCUUCAGGACACUGUAGCAUCCAGUGGGGAAGAAGUGCUAUUGAACUGCAUCAUUGUUGGCACCCCUCUUCCAGAUGUAACAUGGAAAAGAGACAAUGAAGAGAUAAAAAGCUCUCCAACCCAUGUUGUCAAAGUGGAAGGAGAAAGGCACUCUUUGUUGAUCAAACGAGCAAAACGGAGUGAUGCUGGCACAUACUAUGUGACCGCCGUGAACAGCAUUGGCAAAGCUUCCUGCAAUGCGACCCUCUUCAUCAAGCCAGAGCCAAUACAAGAGCAGCGAGCUGGUCUCGGUGUGCCCAUGGAUAUCAGCAGCCCCAUCACAUCUGAUGAGGAGUAUCUGAGCCCCCUGGAGGAGGGCAUGGACUUUGGGGGGCUGACUUACCAAACUGAGCCUCGAAGGAUUGUCGACCUGAGGUUCAAGGAGCCUCCAUCCUUCCAGGUUCCCUUGACCAAUCAAGUGGUAGUUGAAGGUCAGGAGGUCACAAUGUCUGUGCGAAUGCAUGGUCAGCCCAAACCUAUGAUUUAUUGGCUUAGAGACAGGGUUACAAUAAAAACCGACGCCCGACAUGUUGUACGGGAAACAGAGGAUGGCAGCUUUGAGAUGAAGAUUACAUCAGCUCAGAAAUCCGAUGCCGGCGUGUACACCUGUAAGAUCAUCAAUGAGUAUGGGACGAAGCAGUGCGAAUGCAAACUGGAGGUUAAAGUGCCCCCUGUGGAGCCGGUUCUGGCGAUCACCCGGCAGGUGAGCGAUGUGAUGGUCCAAGCUGGCGAGACAGCCCUGUUUGAGUGCCAUAUGGUCGGCCCACAGGAUGUGGAUGUGGAUUGGUUGGCAGAUGGGAAGCUGAUCCAGCCAGCACUGCUCAACUGCAAGAUGCACUUUGAUGGGCGGAAGUGCCGGCUACUGCUGAACUCGGUACACGAGGAUGACAGCGGGACCUACACAUGCAAGCUAAGCACAGCCAAAGAGGAGCUGACAUCAAAUGCAAAACUUAAAGUUAUACCUUCCGUCGAGCCCCUCUUUACUCGUAAGCUGGACGUUCUGGAAGUGAUCGAAGGGCGCAGUGCACGGUUCGACUGCAAAGUCAGUGGAACCCCCCCUCCUAAAGUCACCUGGAGUCACUUUGACCACACGCUUGUGGAUGGCGAGAACCUACGGAUCCUGAAGGAAGGAGGACGCCACUCUCUUGUCAUCCUACAUGUUAGCAGAGAGGAUGAGGGCUUCUACACUGCAGUGGCCCGCAACCUACAUGGUGAGGCAGAGAGCUCUGCGGAGCUGUAUGUGCAGGAGCCCCGACCUGCCAUCUCCUCCCAAAUUGCAAAGUUGGAGAAGAUGCCCUCUAUUCCUGAAGAGCCAGAGGUGCCGGAGAGUGACAUGGAGCGCUUCACUAUGCCAGACUUCGUCAAGCCACUGUACGACCUAGACGUGAUUGAGGGGAGGGAAGCUAUGCUGAAGUGCAAGGUAGCUGGUCUGCCCUACCCAGCAAUCACCUGGUUCCACAAUGGCCACAAAAUCAACAGCACGGAUGACAGGAAGAUGACGCAAUUCAGGGACAUCCACAGCCUGGUCAUCCGCUCUGUGUGCCAUGCCCAUGCUGGUGUCUACAAAAGUGUCAUCUCAAACAAAGUGGGCAAGGCUGCUUGCUACGCCCACCUGUAUGUGACAGAUGUUCUCCCUGACCCUCCCGAUGGGCCUCCAGUGGUAGAAUCAAUUACCGGCAGGACCAUCACUCUGAGCUGGAAGAAACCCAAAAGGCUGGAUCCUGCCAUAGAUGCCAGCUCCUUGAUGUAUGCUGUGCAGCAGCAAGCAUUGGGCUCAAUCCAAUGGAUCAUCAUUGCUUCCAGUUUGAAACAAACCACCUACACCAUCACUUCACUCUCCAAAGGAGUGCGCUACUUCUUCAGGGUCUUGUGCAUAGCGAACAAAGCCUUCAGCAAGCCUUCUCCACCCACUGAACCCGUGCAGCUUCUGGACAGAGGUCCAUAUCUCAGUGAGGCUCCAGUCAUUACAGACAAGCCAGAUACUGUGUAUGCGGUAGAGAACCAGCCAGUUAGCAUUACUAUCACCUUGAAUCAUGUCCAAGCCACAGUCACCUGGAAAAGAAAAGGAACACAGCUAACAAACAAGCCAGGAGUCUUUGAGUUGAGUAUGCCAGAUGAUGACCAGCACACCCUGAAGAUCAUGACUAUGAGAAGUAGUGAUGUGGGCCAGCUUGUUUGCACAGCAUGCAACAAAUUUGGAAGUGACUCCUGCAUCCUAACAGUGGAGAUUGCAGCUCCUCCCACUUUUGAGUCUAUCAUGGAGGAUGUGGAUGUGUGCGUGGGAGAGACUCCGCGGUUUGCUGUGGUUGUCGAGGGAAAACCUGUCCCAGACAUAAUGUGGUACAAGAAUGACACCCUGCUGUCAGAAAGUGGCCAUUUCACCUUUGUAUACGAUGACAACGAGUGCUCUCUGGUGGUCCUCAACGCCCAAGAGGAUGACUCGGGGGUGUACACUUGCACGGCUAAGAACCUGGCAGGGAGUGUAUCCUGUAAGGCUGAGCUUACUGUACGCACAGCGAAGCAGGAGAAGGAGGAGAUGCUCGAGGAUGAGGAGACUAUUCUCAGGAAGAUGCGCAGGCUGACCGACUACUAUGACGUGCACAAGGAGAUUGGGCGGGGGGCCUUCUCCUAUGUGAAGAGGGUGACACAGAAAGGUGGGAAAGAGGAGUAUGCAGCAAAGUUCAUCUCUGCCCGAGCGAAGAAGAAAACGUCAGCUCUGAGGGAAAUGAGACUGCUGUCUCAACUGGAGCACAGCAAGAUUGUCUACUUCCACGAUGCCUUUGAGAAGAAGAAUGUUGUUGUCAUUAUUACAGAUCUGUGUUACGAGGAGUUUCUGGAAAGGCUGGCAAAGAAGUCUGCAGUGACCGAGUCUGAGAUUCGCUCAGUUAUGAGACAGCUGCUGGAGGGUCUGAGCUAUUUACACCAGAAAAACAUACUACAUCUUGAUAUCAAGCCGGAGAACAUCCUAAUGGCAGACCCCAGCAGUGACCAGAUCCGGAUCUGUGACUUUGGCAAUGCCAUUGAGCUCACGCCCGGUGAGCCCCAGUAUUGCAAAUAUGGCACUCCUGAAUUUGUCGCCCCAGAGAUUGUUAACCAAACGCCAGUCUCCAAGGCAACGGACAUAUGGCCUGUUGGAGUCAUAACAUAUCUGUGCCUCACCGGCGUGUCUCCUUUCGCCGGAGAGAAUGACCGCAUCAGCGCUCACAACAUCAGGAGUUACAACGUGGCUUUUGAGGAGAGCAUGUUUACAGACCUCUGCCGCGAAGCCAAAGGUUUUGUCAUUAAGCUGCUGGUGGCAGACAGACUACGGCCUGAUGCUAACGAAUGCCUUCGGCACCCAUGGUUUAAGACCUUGACAAAGGGGAAGAGCAUAGGUACAGAGGCGCUUAAGCAGUUUUUAUCUCGAAGACGGUGGCAGCGUUCACUUAUAAGCUAUAAAUCAAAAAUGGUGAUGAGAUCCAUUCCUGAGUUGCUGGACGAUUCCUCCUGCCACACCUCAAUUGCAGUUCCGAGGCAUCUGAAAGAGGGUUCCCCUCCUCUCACCUCAUCAUCUGAUUCAGAUGAGGAUAUUGAUGAGCUCCCUUUCAUCCCCAUGCCUUUGGCCAUGGACUUUUCCGGAUCCAGAAUGUCCCUGAAUGAGAUUCAGGGUGACGAAGAGAUCAGCAGGACCAGUGAAGGGGAAAGCCCAGCAAGUCAGGCAGCCAAGCCUGAGGAGCGUGAACUGGACAAAAGAAUGGAUGGAGGAGAGCCUAUGGUGAGGGGGCGAGCCAGGAAAAGAGUGACACAGGAAGAGGACAAGGAAUCUUCGGAUGAGGAGCCAGCAGCAACAGCGAAGCGAUCGGAGCAGGCAAAGAGGCCUUUGCGGAGGGGUUCAAGUAUGGAAUCAGACAGAUCUGAAGGAACUCGGAAGAAAGGAGAGUUAAGGAGAGGAAGCUCAGCUGAUAGUGCCCUGUUACUGCAUAUCAAAUCUGAGGAUGGAGAGGGUGAGUCAGCCAUGGAGGAGGGCAAGAAGAGUCUCAAAAAAGCAGUUUCGAUGGAACUGCCACGCAGGAGUUCAAGCCCAGGUGCUGGUAAGUUAAGCAAAGAGGACUAUGCCCUGAAACUUGAACUUAUGAGGCAAAGGUUAUUGAGAGGUGUAGCUGUAGACAACAAAAUGAGUGGUCUGCGCGGCCCUCUGCUGGAGACUCUGGGUGUGGGAGAUGAGAAGCGCCCUUUGUCACUAGAACGUUACGUGCGCCCUCAUCGGUUUGGUGCACCUCCACUCACCAGAGCCGCUUCCAGUGAUACACCAAGAGAAGAAAUGCCAAAAAUCAAAGUCCUUCGCAAAAGUGCCUCCUUCAGCCAGGGAGAUACUGAGCCCAUACCUCUGCACCGACGCUCUGGAGCACCGCUGGAGAUACCCAUGGCCCAGAUUGAAGAACGGAGGCUUCAGGAAGCCGUAUCCAUGUCUGCUCUCACAGAACAGCCUAAACUGGAUUCCCGCCCUGUUACUCCAAAAGAGGCUCCUUCUGAGCCUCCCACCACAGACCAAGGGUGGAAGGGACAGGAGAAUGUGGACAAGCUACAGAAUGAGGUCCAGGAAGAGGAGAAGAUGGAGGUGGAUGAGGAAGGUUCAGACAAUGUCUCAAAAGAAAACAAUGUGGAUGAGACUGAGACUGCACCUGACUUACGGGACAAGGAAGGAAGAAUGUUGGAGGAUGAAGCAAAUGAACCUGAAAAAGAGCCACAGACUCAAUUUUAUGACAUGGCUCCAAGAAGUGUGGUAGAGAAAGUCUUUGAGGAAGAAAAGAAGGAAGAAGAUGAAAAGGAGUUUGUCACUGAGACAAAAGAGGAAGAAGCCAAGAGCCAGAAAAAAUCCCCAGAGAUUAAUAUUGUUACUAGCUCCAUCAUGGUAACCCCUGUUGCCGUACCAGCUAAGGCACCAAGCAUGACAACUACCUAUGAAGCGUACUCUCCACCUGCUCGAGUGACACUGCCAGAUGGCAGAACAUCAGCAUAUGCCAGCAUCAUGCAGACAAUCACAGUCCCAUCUCUACAACCAGCUACGACCCCAGCACCAGUUCCAAUCCCAGUAACCACACCUGCCCACACUCCCACUCCUCCUCUAAGUAAGUCAGAGCCUCCCUCAUCGAAUGAGCAUCCUGCUGUCUUCUCCAGGGUCGCAUCCAGUAAUGAAACAGCUAAAGGUCCGAGUCCACCCAGGACCCCAAUUCAUUCCUCUACUCUUGGUACAGACAUCAAGGACAUUGCCUCAGAGGAGGUCUUUGAGACAAGGUUCAAGAAGCGUGAAUCAUCUCUGACACGUGGCUUCAAGCUUCUGAAUUGGACAAAAGAGGAGGAUAAGUCUGCUGUCACGCCUCAGACUCCAAGCGAAGAGAUCUAUCGUCCAGGGGCUGUAGGUGCUCCUCUGGAGAUUGUCAAGCCUGGGAUACCAAGAAUGAUACUGGAGAAGUCCAAGUCUGUCCAGGAUCUCAAGGAAGCAUCAAAAGACAGUGGUUUCAUGAAAAGACUCUCCAUGCGUCUCAAAAGGUCCCCAUCAACAGAGAGAAAAGAGGUCAAGCUAAGGGAAGAGGGAUCUGCUUCCGAGUCCACUACUCCCAGGCGUCGGCUUUCAUGGACCCUAGGUCGCAGCAAACCCCACGACAAAAAGAAUGGAGAUGUGGAAAUGAUGAGGAUGGAUGGGGCACCUGAUGGUUGUCAGGAGGAAAAGGUGAAGGAAGCCAAGAAGCCGAGCGAAUCACCUGUCUUGGCCAUGCGGCGGAAGAUUGAGUCCACAGUGGCUGGCAUAUCUAUGAAGAUCCGCAGUCAGUCAGAGGACAGGAAGGAUGAAAAGAAAGUGGAGGAGAAACCAGAGAGCAAGAGGACACCGUUGCUCUCCCUCCUGCGCCGGUCCAGCUCAGAAGGAAUCAGUCUGAAGAAGAUUGGCCUCACUCAGAACCCCUUGGUAUCACAGUCAGGCUCUGCUGCAUCCACAGAGUCCCUGGAGUCCACAAGCAGCAUCCAGUCAGAAUCAGCUCUCAGACACCCAGAGAGUGACCGUAGGUCGAGGUGGGACCGCUGGGGCCUGACCAGAGGCAGGAGAGACAAGACUGUUUCUCAACCUGACAUCCCUUCUGUGAUUGCCAGAGAGAGCAGCGCUCGUCGCACUCACCAGUACUGUCGACUGGCAUCUGAUUUCCCUCCUGUUUUCCAUGUCAAGCUGAGGGACCAUGUUCUUCUCGAGGGGGAUCCCAUCACCCUCAGUUGCCUCCCAGCUGGGAGCCCCCACCCCCACAUUACCUGGAUGAAAGAUAAGGCACCUCUGGAGAUCGAUGCUAGGAUGAACAUGAUCUCCUGCCCUGAUGGACGGCAACUCCUCAUGAUCAUGAAGACAACCAAGAAAGACGCAGGAAUCUACGAAUGCAUAGCCACCAACCCGCUGGGCUCAGUCACCAGCUCCUGCAUCCUCUCCGUCACCUGCCUUCCCGAAGCCCCCGGGACCCCAGAGAUUACACAGAGAUAUAAAAACACCGCCCUUGUUUUGUGGAAACCCUCAAAAACCCCAGCGCCCUGCACCUAUUGCCUGGAAAGGAAGAUGGAGGGUGAUGCAAACUGGUUCGUCGUAGCUACGGGCUUGGCUGAUUGUUACCACAAUGUCACAGACCUGCCUGCAGGGGGAGCCAUUAGGUUCAGGGUGGUCUGCACCAACAAGGCCGGUCAAGGGCCCUACAGUAACUGCUCAGAGCAAGUCGUGCUCGAUUCUACAGCCCCUGCUGCUGAGAUGAAGAUGUUCCCCUCCACUCCAGUUGUGACUUCGUCAGUGACUGUGCCUCCCAUCAAGCCUGGUCCCACUGUCUUGCCCAGUAAAGCUUUUGCUACAGCUUCAACCCAGCCUUCUCCUCCAUCUCAACCUGCUCCACCUGUCCUCAUUCCAUCUCCAUCCAUGGCUGCUGGUCCUGCUGUCUCUGCGCCCGCACUGGCUUUUCCUGCUCAUUCUCCCAAAGCUCCUCCUACUGUUACCCCUUUGCCCCUUCCGAGCCACCCUGUAACCUCCCAUCGCACUAUCACGGAAAUAAAGACGCCUGUGUCAGUGACAUCCGCCCCGACAAAAGCCAAGACCACUCUCAACAUCAGUGUCACGCCUUCCCCUGUGACACCUACCAAGCCCCCACCUCCCACAGUUCUACCCAAGUCAAGGAGCCCUGUCAAUAUCGUUUCACCUCCGUCUCAAACCCCUCCCAUCUCCCCACCUCCGCUAGUCUCCCCUCCCCCUUCUAUUGGCAAACCCAUCUCGCCCGUCCCCCUAUAUGUCCCAGUCACCACAGCCCAAGUCAGCACCCCCACACCUACCCAGUCGAUCUCACCCCCUGUGAUGUUGGUGACCAGCAUGAGCCCUGUCAGUGAGGGCGUGAACACGCCCUCUCGCAUGACCCCCAGUGGGCGUGUCACACCUUCGGGACGUAUGACACCCUCCGGGCGCAGGACUCCAUCUGGCAAGCCCGGCGAGACAACGUUGCGUCAAGGAGUUCCUCAGAAGCCGUACACGUUCAUGGAUGAGAAAGCCAGGGGCCGUUUCGGAGUGAUCAGGGAGUGCAAGGAGAAUGCCACCGGCAACAUUUUCAUGGCCAAGAUUGUGCCGUAUGAGCCGGAGAACAAGCAGGAGGUUCUGCGGGAGUACGACAUCCUCAAGUCCCUCCAUCAUGAAAAAAUCAUGUCGCUACACGAGGCCUACGUCACACCGCGGUACCUGGUAUUAAUCUCCGAGUGCUGCUCGGGCAAGGAGCUCCUUUACAGUCUCGUUGACAGGUUUCGAUACUCCGAGGACGAUGUCGUUAACUACAUCGCUCAGAUCCUUCUCGGCCUGGACUACCUGCACUGCCGCCGUAUCUUGCACCUGGACAUUAAGCCUGACAACAUCAUGGUCACCUACAAUAAUGUGAUUAAGAUCAUAGACUUUGGCAGUGCACAAAACUUCAACCCGCUGUUCCUGAAGCAGUACAGCCGUCGUCAGGGAACACCUGAGUUCAUGCCUCCUGAGAUGGUGAAAGGGGAUGUGGUGGGUCCCCCAGCGGACAUCUGGAGUGUGGGUGUUCUGACCUACAUUAUGCUCAGUGGGAGGUUGCCUUUCCUGGAGGCCAACCCUGCAGAUACAGAAGCAAGAAUUCUGGCAGCAAAGUUUGACCUCUCAAAGCUCUACCAAAAUGUGUCCCAGAGUGCCUCUCUCUUCCUCAAGAAGAUCCUGUGCUCCUAUCCCUGGGCUCGUCCAACCAUCAAGGACUGCUUCAGCAAUUCAUGGUUGCAGGAUGCCUACCUGAUGAGGCUGCGUAGGCAGACGCUCACUUUCACAACCACACGGCUGAAAGAGUUCCUGGUGGAGCACCAGCGUCGAAGAUCAGAGGUUGCCACCAAACACAAGGUCCUGCUGCGCUCAUAUCAGAGCACACCUACUACUCCAACCACGCCAGUCACGCCCAGUACACCUGUCAUGCCUACCACUCCCUUCACCCCUACAACACCGGUCACCCAGUGAUUGUAACCAUGGGCAAGGAGCAAAGGGUAGCAGAAGAAGACCAUUCUGGUGCCCUCAAUGGCACCCCAGUCCAGCAGUGAUGUGGAUGGAGGGGGCACCUCAUCAUGGGGUUUCACCUCUUUGGGGCAUGGCUGCAAUGGGAAAACUGCAUUCCUGCACAAAUCCAGCACUGGCCUGGUUUCAAGGAACCACCACUCUGGCCACACCACAGGGACAGGACAAAAGUAGAGUGGAUUUCCAUUGAUUACCUCACGGACGGCCUGACAGGGCGUGCUUAGUGGUCUGGAAUUCAUGGUUCAGGACACGUCAUCCUGGCCCCACUAUGUCUCUUCUCCUUGACCUUAUCUUUUGAAACUAGUUUAUCUCAACAGUCUUUGACAAUGAGAAAUGCCUGAAGGGUUAGGGACUACAGACUCAUUAGGGUUUUCUACUGAAGCUCAUUUAUCUAGGACUAUGAGAAUUAGUUUUAAGAUUGUCUUUGAAACUGUAAUGUAAAUGUUUAAUUUUGUGGUGUUUCCCAUAACCAAGUAGGGAACUUUGUGGAGAAAUGUGUAACAGUAUUUGUCUUUUACCUCUAGCCUUUGUGAACCUGGUAAUAUCCUUUUAUUACUGAUAGUUAUUUUUAUAGUAAUUAUCAGAAUAAAGUGGAAGUCAAGAAGGUUGACAAAUUUUGUGAAGUGGUCUGAAAGGCGCAUGACGACUUUAAUCCUCGGCGAUCUUGUACUGUCGUAAGGAUGUUGAGAAGGACAAAUAAAUCAGAUCUAUAUAAAAAGGGAAACAGAUGUUUCAUGGAGAAUGUAAUCUCAGUGGUAUGUUCCAAAGACAUCAUGAGAACAAUUAUUUCAGUGCAGCGUGGUCAAAAUAUCAUUGUUCCACACUACCAAAUACAUGUAAGGUUUAGGACGCAAACCCAACAUAACAGUAUUUGGAAAUACUUCCAAAUUAUGAAAUCCAUGAUAGAGCAUGACCACCAAUGUCUAAUGGAGCCUCUGUAAUGGGGAUUUCAAGACAGAAGUUUAAACUAGCUGUCAAAGGGCAGAGACCAUCCCUUGAAGAAGAUUCUUCUUGGAAUACAUGUUCAUCUCACCUUUUUAAGGCUGUAUUUGCUAAUCUUGUAGCGCUUCUAAGCAACAUCUUGGCGGUGACAUCUGUCUGUCAAAAUCACAUUACAACAGUGCACGGAAUGAAACUGCUGAAGUGGACUGUGUUUAGGAGAUAAUGUGAAGAACAAGUUAAUGGAACACAUUUUUGACAGUAAUGCUGCUGUUUAUUUCUUCUGCACCAAUUUCUGAGAAGAUGAUGCUCAUGCAGAUGUUCAUUACAAGCGUGAGCACAGCUUUAAGGGAUUUAAAAGCAAAGGCAGCUGUAGGUACAGAAGACCUGUGAGACGAUGCAGAAAGAUCCUCAAAGGCUCUGUUUUGUCCCAGAUGAAAGAAACUCAUGUCACAGGUCUAGAGUAUCAGAUAAAAAACCCUUAUUUUGGGUCUUUCCCAGCAUUUAGCACCAAGUCAUCCUGUACCAUGAUCCAGAGUUAAUUUAUUAAUGUUAAUUUAUUUAUGUAAUAAAUUUGUGGGCCUUUUUGCAUUUCACUAUGGAUUACUCAAUGCUUCUAGCUCAUAUUACAGUUCCAAGAACAGUAUGAAGUGAUUUUUUGAUAUGUCAUGACUUGCAUUACAACAGUUGAACCCAUGUCUUUUGUAAGAAGUGUGAAAGAACUAUAUGUGGAGGUAGAAAUUUUAAUUUAUCGCAAGUGAUCAUUAGAAAAUCAAUGAAAAAGUAACGUAACAAACUCUUUUCUUCAUUUUAUUUAUUAAUUUAGUUUAGCUUUCCGUAGCAUGGCUGUGCCAACUGUCUGGGAUAUGCAAUGCAUGGUUGCAUUGUUUAUAUAAGGCACAUUAUAAGUUGUAUUGGUUAAAGCUUUUUAGCAGUUUGAAUUUAACUCAUAACAUGUACAAAAAAUAAACAUGAAAUUUAGUUUGUUUGCUUUAUUGUUCAAAUAGUAUUGAAAUUGUGUCUAAAGUUUUUAUUCCUCUAAAUUCUAGACAACAUGUGAGAAUGGUAGAAUGUACAAUGACAAAAUGUGACAACAUAUUUUACCUACAAUCCUUAAGCACUGACAUUUAGAAAUAGAUUAAAACUUAAUUUGUUUUUGGUUUUCUUUUUUCCGUUUUUGGUGAACUGCACUUUCUGCUUUCUUAUGGUUUAUAUUCUUAAAGAAUGUAAUUUUGCUUCUUAACUCUUUAUCAAUAGGGUUUAUAUGGAAUGCAACACCCAUAGUGAAAAUGUAUAUCUUACUAGAUGUUAUUAAUUUUAUCUGUGUGAAAUGACGAGAGGACCUAUGCGUCUGCACUGUGUCAGAGGCUCAGCAGUUUUUUUUUAUUUAGUGAGAGAGAAUAAUAAUAAUAGAGCCCUUUUCUCAAUAAUGGUGAUGCAGUUUGAAAAGGUUAAUAGUUUCUUAUGUGCAACAGCAUGUACAUCAAACACAAAGCUGUGGUAAAACCACUAAUUCUGCAACCUUUGGUUAGUGUCCUAGUAAAGCAAUAUACAUUAUUACAGUAUUUCUUAACCCAGACAAUGUACUAUAAUAAAUAUUACAAAUUAUAGUGUUACAUCAUUACAUGCAAUUUCACCUUGAGUAGGGAAGCCAGUCAAUAAAAAUUAAUGAUAUUAAUGAUGUCUAAGAGGUCAAGCCUCGUCAGGCUGUGGGUGUCAUAUCCAUGCCGGGUAAGAAGAAUGCAGCGGGACCCGUCACACUGUACCUGCCCCUUGCUUCCUAUGUCACACACACACACACACACACACACACACACACACACACUCUGAGUGUCUCUGUGCCAUUGGUUUCACACCUGUGUGCCAGUGGGUUCAUGUGCACCAUUGCUUCACCAUCCAACUGCACGUUGGGGCACCUGAUCACUCCCAGGGAAAGCCAAAUGUGCCAAGCAUGGUUUAAAGUGCAAAUAAUGGGCUGUAAUAUUUUAUUUGGGAAGUUUUUUAAUUAGCAAAAGAAUAAAACAUGUUCUGCCUUGCGCUUGUCAGACUUGGGAACUUGGGUGGAUUAUUGAAAAGAGAUUGUCCGUUCGGUGGUCGGCAGUGACAAUCUGUUUAAAAUAUUAAGUAGGCACUUUAUUUCCUAGUGAUUUGUUUUAUUUAUUGAUCUCAUUCAGUAUGAUUGUGAACAUCUCUUACAGUUUUGUGAAAUUACUCAUUUAACUCUGGUGUGGCUAAAUAGCAUGACAGCUGGGAAAACAAACAAUCCUAAUAAAGUAUGACUCAAGCAA